GAGAUCAUCUGGGAUCAACUCCGGGGGCGCGGGCCGCAGACCAACUUUAUUUUGGAAAGCGACGGACGUGAUAGGGUGAAUGCAACCACUCGACUGGGAACGGUCGGGAGGAGGAUUAACCGUGACACCAUUAUGCAGGAGGUCACCGGAAGCUCCGAACCCCAGGCAGAGCCUGAGGUCGAGGAACCAGAGAAAGUCUAUGGGAAGCUUAGGGAAGAGGAGUCUGCGGACAAGGUUACCGCCGCUAAGAAGAAGUUUAGGUAUCAAAUUUCGAUCUUAACCUUGCCUGAGCUCGACGACACCAUUAGCAAGUUACUAGGAACCAUGGUGUCGGUGUCUUUUCGGACCAUGCUGCAGGCUAGCCCUAGGUUGCUCAAAGGACUCAGAAAACUGUUGACUCGGAGGCGAGUAGAGAUAGGCGACAACCCCGAAUUACCAGAAGGGGAGAGGGAGGAGGAAGCUCCGCAAGAAGUGGCUAACCUUCAGAGGAGUCACUGGGACUUGGAGGAUCUCGAAAAAGCCUUUGCAGACAUUCGUUUGAGCUUGCCCGACCGGGAGAGCGACGAAGUCCUGAGAUCACCACCCGGGACAAAGCUUAGCUUUCAUGCACUGCCCGUAGGGAAACUGAAAAUCCAAAUCGGGAGUCAUCAUACCGAUGCAUUAGUAGACGGGGGAGCAGAAAUCACUUUCGUAAGGAGAGAUUUCACAACGAUCACGGAAUGUACGGUAAACAAGGAAGUAACAGGGAGUAUCCGGGGAGCUGGCGGGGAAAUCCCGUUCGCUGGGUACGUCACAAAGUGUGUUGUGAAGGCAGGGGUCAGGGAAUCUAUCUGGUCGUUUCAGCGGAUGACCGAAAUGGAGGAAAUGGACCACGACAUAAUCCUCGAGAGACCGUGGUGCGUGAACGUAGAGAUGAUAGGCAUGCACUUGCAUGAUGGUUCGUACAUGGUAGACAUAGAGGACCCUGUGACCGGCCGGGGAGAGCUCAUCCGACUCCUUGGAACGGGAGGAGACCCCCCGAAGGAGAAAUUGGCAACAUGGUCGUCGUCGUUCGAGGAUAGCACGCGAAAAGGGGCUUUCGCACGGAUGGAGGGUAUGAGAGAAAGGGUAGAAAUCAUGAUUGAGGAAACAUUCAACAAGAAGGAGUGGAUCAAGAUGGGUCUGCCCCAGAAGAAGAGGAGGCAGGAGGACGAGGUCCUAGGUGUUAUGGUAGCGGAAAAGGAGUCAGAGGUCGAAUUUGGUGCUAGCCUGCCCAAACGGAAAGAAGUACGCAUAGACGUGCUAGAAAUUGCACUCGAGAUCCCCGAUCUAUUGCAACUCAUCAAGGCCCCCAGAUACCACAAGGUCGGAGUGGAUUCGGCAGCCUUGGCCAAGUUCGAAAGAGAGGUGCAAAAGGGAUAUUGCCUGAACGGGAAACUAGUUAGUAUUCAACCACGAGUCGUAGAGGCGACGGGGGCGAUUCCAACUGUUCAUUUUUUAGGAGAAAGAUCCCGAAAGGAAGUGUUCGAAAGUACAAACUGGUAGGGAAGAAAGCAAAACCAGUCUCGAUCUUGCUAAAGACAUCAAAGA